AUGAUGGCGAGGUAUAGGGUAGCUAACUUCUCAGGUGCCAGUGGCAUUGGGGAGGCUUAUGUACGUGUCCUGCACAACUCAGGAGCGAAAGUUGUAAUCGGCGAUAAGGAUGCUGACUCUGGCGAGAGAUUGGCUUCUGAAAUGACCGGCUCCAAGUUCGUCCAGUGCGAUGCAACCGUUUGGGAAGAUCAAAUUCACUUGUUCAAGGAGGCUACUCGGCUAUCUUUGUCUGGGAAGAUUCACUACGUGAUAGCCAAUGCAGGGAUGACGAAAGACGACCAGACCUUCACUUUCGACGGUAAACACCAAGAACCGCAGAAGCCAAACUUGCAGAUCAUCGAUGUGAACCUGAAGGGGGCGCUUUAUACCACCAAACUGGCCAUGCACUAUUUUGUGUCUCAGAAUGGUACCGAAGUCAACGAGGAGCAAGAAGAUACGUGCUUGAUCCUCAUCAGUUCAGGCGCUGGCUUUCUUGACGUUCCUAGAUCUCCCGAGUACAGCAGCACGAAGUGGGCGGUCCGCGGAAUAAUGCAUGCUUUGCGAAGGACGGCUUUUUACUACGGGAGCAGAGUGAAUAUCAUUGCACCCUGGUAUAUACGCACAGGUAUUCUCUCCAACGACCAGUUCGAUCAAGUUGAGAAAUCAGGAGUCGAGUUCGCAACAGCUGAAGAUGCUGGUGAAUGCGCGUUAAGGAUCCUUUCUGAUACCAAUAUUAAUGGAAGGACGCUCUUUGUCUGCGCGCGAAAAUGGGCUCCUCGGGGAUACAUCGAUCUUAAUAUCGAGGAUUAUCCUGAAGGUUUGAUCCAGGAAAUACAGGAGGAUCAAAUGCCUGAGUUCCACAUGGAUCUCAUCAUGGACGACGAUUUAUGUGCAAAGUGUGAAGAAAAGCCGGGCGAUGUCCGCUGCUCCUGCGGUGAACGGUUUUGCGAACACUGCUUUUCUAAGAAACAUUUACCGCGCAAUCAAACCCAUAAACGCGGUGGUUCGAAGAAAACCGAGACCAAAUGGAAUAAGAUCAAGGGGGUAGUUUCUAACAUCGCGAGUUCGUUUUCUCCUGCCUCGCACUUCCAGAGAGAUGAGACCACUAAAUGGUUUGGCCUCCAUAUCUCGUCACCCCCUGGACGCAAGGAUCGUAUUGCGACGUUGGUUGAGACUACACGAUUCUCGAGCCUUUUGGAAGAGUCGCUUCAUUUUAACAAGCGCAGCCCUAAGCGACAAUAUCCCAGUAUUUGCUCGUUUGUCGGAGAUACCGGCGCAGGAAAGUCGACUCUGAUCCGAAGUCUGAUCUUUGACUCCGAGCGGUCACUGGAUUUUGAUCCUCUUGACGCCCCAGUUCCUGGAGCUCAGACUGGAUCAUCUGCCAUUAGAUCGACCACCGGAGAGGUCAAUCUCUACCUAGACCCUUCAACCUUUGGCACAGUCGCGCCAAUGUUCUAUGCAGAUUGUGAAGGUCUUCUCGGGACUGAGCCUCUUGCAGCAGAGCAUCAGACUGAGUGGGCAAGGUACGGACAGCGUUACCUCAUUGAAUCCAAGGAUGGCAAGCCAGUGGAUCGACGAACGGCCGUCAAGACCAUCUAUCCUCGCUUUCUGUACAUCUUCAGCGAUGUCAUCUGCUAUGUCACCAGAAACCACAGAGCGUGGGCUGAAUCUGCCUUGCGGCUUUUGGACUGGAGCAAGGUUGGUGUGCAGAACACCAUCAAUCAGCAUGCACUACCUGCCCUGAUCAUCGUUCUCAACGGGCCUACUUUGGAGAAUGAGGCGUGGCUUGGGGAUGACCAUGAAGUUGUCACUGAUGCUUUCUUCCAAGCCAUUGAGAAGGAAAUAAGCGAGACAACUGAAUUUCGAGAACUUGCCCAAAAGCAUGGAGACAAGACAAUGAGGCAGCUGUUUGCAAGGAGUUUCUCUAGUGUCUACGUUCACUACAUCCCACUUGAAGGCUUUGGAUCCCUCGGGACUAGUCUAGAAAUCAUCAAUCAGACCAAUCGCUUGGCAAAGCGAGUCAGGAGAGACGCAGAGCGCGUCCAAGCCCAGAGAGCCGAAUCAUGGACCCGCUUCGACACGACGCAGAUGUCUCAGGUGGUGCAUUACGCCUUCGCCCAUCUCGCAUCUGGAAGCCCAGAGCCAUUUGAUUUCGGCCAGUGCCGACGACAGAUAUCGGUUCCGGAUACAACCGAGGGCAACUUCUCUGACUUUCUUGGAUUAUCGCUGAAGAACGAGAUGGAGGCGCGGUUCGAUGACACGGCCGCUGUCAUCGCGACGAGCUUGUUGAGGAACUCCUUGAGCGCGAAUAAAGAUGAUAUCGUGCUCCUGCCCUCAGUCGUCUUUGACAAAGACACCCAAGCUAUCUGCACACGAGCCAUCAGCCAGUUCCUGGAUAGUAAAUUGCCAUGUGCAUACAUCGACCCCGACUCUGGCGAGAAAUGCGUAAACACAAAAUCGGGUCAUCGUAUAGGCCACCAGAGUGCGUCGGGCGAUCUUUUACGCGAUGGCAACUUUGUAGUAGGCGACUUUAACUCUGCCAAGUUUCUGCUUGCGGUUCAGUCAGAACUUGAAGCCACCAUGCGAGAGAUCAACUCAAGCGGCCCCCCCAAUCAUUGCGACUGGCGACGCCUGGCAGCGGUUCAUCAUCGUCUGAACAUUGACGCCCUCAGACGGCGAGGUGGCUAUCCGGCACUUCAUGUCGAGGACCGUCUAUUCCCUUGGGGCAAAAACACCAAGGAAAAGCCGCUAACACUUGCAAUGUCGUUUUUGUCUAUAUAUACGGGCACUUGGCUUCACGGAACCGAAGAAAAUACAUCAUUUUGUCUCGGUUGUCUGUUCGGAAGACCGGAAUAUCGUCUUCCCUGCGAACAUGUCAUCUGCGAAACAUGCGUGGAAGAUUUCGAUGACACAGCUGUUGAUAAAAAAUAUCCGGGGCGGGUUAUGCAUAAACGCUGCAUAAUAUGCGAUAGUAGAUCAUCCGGCAAGUGGCCAUUCGUCACUACCAUCAGACCGCCACUUUGCGGCCUUCGAGUUCUGUCGCUUGAUGGAGGAGGGGUCCGGGGCAUCGUUGAAUUAACUGUCCUGAACCGCUUGGAGAAGGAGAUCGGGCUUGGCAUUCCGAUUGGAAGUUUCUUCGAUCUUAUUGUUGGUACAAGUACAGGUGUCCAACGAAGGAGUGCUACUGAGUGCAUAAGUUUGUUCCGAGACAUUUGCAGAGAAGGCUUUGAGGCCAAAUUACUCACCAAGUCUCGAUUCUUCGGUUGGGCCGCCCGAUGGUUCCGCAGUUCGAUAUACAAGACGGAUGUCCUAGAGACGGCCCUCCAGGAGGCAUUUGAGAACAAAGAACCAAAGUCCCUCUAUGCUUUGAACAGCUCAUGCCGAGUUGCCGUCACGACCACAGCUAAAGAAGACUGUCACCUGAUCGCGAAUUACAACACGGGUGGUAAAGAUCGGUACCUUGACUCCAAACUUCCGCUCUGGAAAGCUGCUCGAUGUACGUCAGCUGCUCCUAUGUACUUCGAACAUGUCUCCCACGCUGGGCAUGAAUGUCGCGACGGCGGCCUAAAAGAGAACAAUCCCAUCCAAGUAGCGCUCAACGAGUCACGAAAGAUAUGGGAAGAUCCCACUUACGACGUGAUCCUAUCUCUUGGAUCAGGACAGGCUAGGUAUCCAGCAACGGAGCCAGUUUCAACCGCCAUCAUACCAAAGUGGCUUGCUCAUCUCUUCUCAACCCUUGUCAGCACCAUGAACGGCGAGGACGCAUGGGACAGGUUUCGCUCCAGCCAGGAUAGGCGUAUACUAGACCGUGCUUCGCGAUUCAACUUGCGGUUCGACGGGAGCACUGAGCCGGCGCUUGACGAUGUAAAUGCUAUUACGAGCAUGGAAACGGCGGCGAAAAAGGCCAAAUUCUAUGAAAGACCUUCUAGAUCACCGUUCUCAGCAACUUCUGGCAUUAUUCAAGGGGACGCACUUGAUCGCAUGGCCGACAAACUACGAGCUAGCCUCUAUUUCUUUGACCUUGGGAGUGUCACUAAACACGGUCCCGUCACAGUAAUUCAUGGGUGGAUUUGCUGUCGCUUGAUGCCGAAUGACCAGGGUUUCAAAGAGCUUCUAUCUCGAACUCUGCAAUUCCUUGUUCGAGGGAAGGCAUACGAGUUCAAGAGAAUUCCGAUUGACAAACCGCUUCGAUUUGCAGUUGAGUUUCAGCACCAGCAUCUCGAUGAGCCGAUUCGCAUUGAUGUGAACUUUGGGGCUACACAUUCAACGACUAUCAGUGGCUUCCCACUGACCUUGAAGACCAGGCCAACAGAAAUCAACACUAAGACCGUGGAGGAUCUGGUUUCAGCUGCAGCAAAGAAUGAUACAAUGAAGUUGCUGGAGCUCCUUGAUCAAGGGGUUCCCAUUGAUAUCAAGCAUGGCGGCUGGACUGCCCUUGGUUGUGCAGCGCACAAAGGACAAUUGGAUGCCGUCCGAGCUCUCCUCCUUCACGGUGCUGAUAUGGACAUACGAAUGGAUGUUGGUUUCGGUUUUCUCCCCGGCGACGGCAGUGCUAUCAACUGGGCAGCUUACGGUGGCUACCUCGACGUCGUCAAGAUACUCUUUGAGAAAGGAGCCAAAUCAAAUUUCUGCGCGAAAAGACCACUGUCCUUUGGCACUAUGGGAACGCCUGUUACUAUGGCUGCAGGGAAGGGCCACAUAGAAGUCGUUCGGUAUCUCCUUGAGAAUGGCUGUGAUGACGAUUCCGCAGAUGGUAUUCCCGGCUGGGAUGCUUUCAUCAUCGCAUGCGAAAGAGGACAGCUCAGCAUUGUCAAAUACUUGAUCGAGGAAAGGAACAUCAAUGCUGACAGGAAUGGCAGUAAUGGCGUUACGCCUCUGAUUACAGCAGCUCAGAGUCAGCAGACCGCCAUCAUGGAGUACUUGGUCAAGCGCGGAGCGCACAUAGACGCGGUUGACAAUGAUGGAAGCACGGCCUUGCUCCAUGCUGUGACUAAGAAAAGAGCUGGCGCGGUAGAGUGGCUGGUGAAGCAUGGUGCAGACGUGAGGAAGCAGAAUAAGAAGGGGAUCGCCCCGUUGAAGCUGGCAAAGGAUGAGUUACGGAAGAACCAGGAUGACAAGAACGGGGCAGCUAUGGUUAGAUGGCUUGAGACUCCGAUAAACGUUGUAUUUCACACAAAGACUUAG